AUGAGUGACCUACAGCGUUCCUUCGCCAAAGCACAACUCAAUCGCAUACCCCCCGAGCCCAUCAUUUUCGACGAACACGAAGAAGAACAAGAUGACAUCUCCAGUUUACGGGCCACCUCACCCAAUGAUUCCUCCUCGUCAGCCUCGUCAGCCUCUUCCACCGGUACCAUAGUUCCUUCACCAAGCAGAAACCUCUUCGAACGGCCCAAAGCAUCAGCCAUCAAAUCCCGCUCCGCCCCGCUCCCCUGGCAAGACUUCUUCGCACAGGACCUCCAUUUCCCCAAUUCACAGCAUCCUGACCUGAUACACCACGCCUACCUCACUCCGCCGAGCAGCAACGGCCCUCUGAUCGUCACCCAUCACGGUGCCGGUAGUUCCGGCCUCUCCUUUGCUGCUUUCUUCUCGGAGCUCGGCUCACUCCUCCCGACCGCCGGAAUUCUCUCUCUCGACGCACGUUCACACGGCUACACCACCAGCCCACCAUCUCUACCGCUUGACCUUACCCUCGCCACUCUCGCCACCGAUCUUCAUUUCAUCCUCACAUCCACCGCGACACACCUCUCCUGGCCCAAACUUCCCGACAUCCUUCUCCUGGGCCACUCCCUCGGCGGAGCCGUCGUCACGCAAGUUGCCCAUCAACGCCUCCUGGGCUCCUCCCUCCUCGCCUACGGCGUUCUUGACGUCGUCGAAGGCUCCGCCAUGGAUGCCCUGCAAUCCAUGGAAUCCUACCUUUCCACCCGACCCCGCGCUUUCCCCUCACUCGCCUCCGGUAUUGAAUGGCACAUCCGAUCACGUACCAUCCGCAACAGCUCCUCCGCCCGGGUCAGCGUCCCUCCUCUCCUUCAACUCGCCCAGACCUCUGCCGGUCAAGAGCAGUACCUCUGGCGCACCGAUCUAGACGCCACCAAACCUUUCUGGGAAAACUGGUUCGUUGGAUUAUCCAAGAAGUUUCUCGAGGCUCGAGGCGGCAAACUACUCCUGUUGGCAGGCACAGACCGCCUGGACAAAGAACUCAUGAUCGGUCAGAUGCAGGGCAAGUACCAGCUGCAGGUAUUCCCGGAGGCAGGCCACUUCGUGCACGAGGAUCUCCCCGCAAAGACCGCCAACGUGGUCGCUGACUUCUACCGCCGAAAUGAAAGGGGAAGUCUGGUCUUGCCGCCCAAGGUCGAUGAGCUGAUACGACAGGGCAAGGUGAAGGCCGCGCAGGCGACAUGA